UUGUUAUUGUUUAUACUGUCGGCGCACGUUCCAUCCUUUCCUAAAUUCACGUUGUUUUCGAUCUCUUACCAACGCCUGUACUGCUAUUUGGUGUUAACUAUGGCCAACGCUAUAAGAAGAUCCAUACCGAAGUUUAAUCGAGCGUUAGUAUUACCUACAUUCCGAUCAUUUCAUGAUGAGUUUUCGUCGAAAAUUCCCCUAGAAGAUAUCCGCAAGCAGACGAAGGGCAAAGAGCAGCACGUCCCAAGCGCUCGCUCAAUUGCUGCUAAAUAUCAGGUGUUUCGAGAUACCGACGCACCGGUUAUUCUAGACGUGGACGAGGAACGACAGAUUCACGAAGCGGGUUUACAACAGCCGGAAAAGAUUCACGAUUUGCCAGACAUGUACAGUGGUAUAAAUUUAUCCAGAGGCAAAACAGGAGUGUACGAGAUAGAAGAUUUGGUAACGGUACUGCGACUGAACAGUGCUAUAAAUAUUUUUGUAUGCACGGUUCCAAAGGACAUUAAGUACGUAGAUUACAUGUGCAUCGUCACGGGUCGCAGUGUAAGACACAUGCGAGGAAUGGCCGAGUUUGUGCGGAAGGUGUUCAAAAUGAAACGACAUCCCAGCGAUAUCAUACCAAAGAUUGAAGGCGAAUCUAGCAGCGACUGGAUGGCGCUGGAUCUAGGAAACAUUGCUCUGCACAUUUUCUCCACCAAGGCGAGAGAACAAUACGAUUUGGAGUCGCUUUGGAGCGUUGGGUCCGAGUUUGACCGAGAGUACAAUAAACCGAGCGAAGAAUUGGUUCAGCUGUUCGAAAAACACACCAUCUAUUUGGACGAUUUGAAACCGCUCAAAAAAGAAGGUGAAAGUGGAAAGGUGUAAUAGUUAUUUAAAAUAAAAUUUGUUGUAGCAUACAAAUAGGCAAAACAAAUUUGCCACAUU